GCCUAUCAAACACAAAGUAUUUGAAGAUACUCAAUCGUAAGUUCAUAUAAUGUAUCCAACGUAAUCAUGUGAAAAAAGAUAACGAUCUUAUGAGAGUGAUAGUCGAUAAUGUACAUGUCAAGAACCAGUUGAUCUAAUAACUCGAGUGGUUAGGAUCCUAUCCCACAUACUAACAGACCCCCUCAACGAAAAUCUUUUAUACGAAACUCUAAAACAAGUGAUUCGUACGUACGUUACAUAUAAUGAUUCCAACGUAACCACAUGAAAAAAGAUAAUGAUCUUAUGAGAGUGAUAGUUGAUGAUGUCAAUGUCAAGAAUCAAUUGAUCCCAAUAACACAAGUUGUUGAUAGAGAUUCAAUAAUGAAUCUAAUAUUACAUAUUAACACGCCCCCUCAAACAAAAGUCACUCAUAUUGUUUGAAAUUUGCACUUUAUAUGGAAUACCAUGUGAUUAAUUAACAAAUGAGUCGUUAAAUUUUGAACAUAAAACCUCUCAAUUAUAGAUAACUCCAAUAUUAUGUCAACAACCAUAUGAAAAAUUCAAUAAUAAAUGCUAUACCAGUUAUUAACACUACAAAUCUUAUCAGUAAACAUUUGGUAAAGGCACAGAAAAGGGAUCGGUCAGAAAGCUCCGUGAGCCUGCAAAAUAUGACAUGGGAAAUAAUAACUUGCGCAGCCUCAACCAACAGUCACGUUUGCAAGAAGCGAUUGUUUAAAUCUCUGAGGUCAACAGCUGUAAUCCACGAUUUAUGCUUAAUUCUCAUCUAAAAUAAUGGCGAUUAAUUAUUUGUUAAAUGUACUGGGGCCUAUAGGCUAUAUGUAAACGUACCCAUCUUCACAUGCAAACAGUGUCACUAUAGUAUUGGUACAAAAGGGAAGUGCAAGGUUGUCAAACCGGUUUAUACCAGUGUGCCGGUUUAGCAAGUGAAAUGGUUCGAUCGGUGGCACAUAUCGAUUUGUGCCGGUUCAUGCCGGUUAAUAUUACAAAUAAAAUUGUAAAUACUCAUAUUUAAACAUGACAUUUAACGUCAAUACUUAAACAUUUAUACUUGAAUCCAACAAAUAACAUCAAUAUUUAACUUUUAUACUAAUAAAUAAAUAAUAAAAUAAUUUUUAUCAAUUAAAUUCACUAAAAUAAGGUCAUUUUACUUAGAGAUUCGUAUAUCGAUCAUGCCGAUUAUACCAGUGGUGUCACGCCGGUUUUAUGACAGGUACCGGUUGAACCCGGUACAACCGGUUGCACGCCGGCAGCGUGACAACCAUGGGGAAGUGUCAUUAUCCAGCAACUGGUUAUUAAACAUUAAGGUUCGUAAUUUUUAUUUUUUCACACAGCCAAUUAAUUAAUUGUAUGAAGGUUUAUGAAACUCCGAGACAAAAAAAAUCAGAAAAUCGAGGAUCUUUCGUGUCAAAUGAACAAUCCAAAUCCAAUUUACAAACUGAAGAACACACUAAAUAGAACCGAAGUAUGAGAUCGGGAUGAAGACGAUCCGACCUAAUUAAGUAAUGAUUGCAAAUUUAUAUGCAUAUAUAUAAUAACUAUCAUAAGAAGUAGUAGAUAGGAAAUUCAGUAAAUUAUAAUGAGCUGGAGUCCAUAUUCCUAAAUUUAUAUUAGAUUCUAUGGUUCGGAUAUGUCCAAGGGGAGCAUUUACCUAAUACAUAAAUUAAAGAAAAUUAGACCUACUUCUUUUUAAUUAUUUUAAAAAUAUUCGAAACCUAAUGUAGCUACAAUACUACAUCACCAAACUUCACAAGCAAAUUAAAGGGUAAUUGUGUAUACAUAUAAUUAGUAUAUUUUUUUCCAUAAACUAUCGAUAUAUAUUUCCUUCUUGGUGCCAAAUGUCACUAUUUUGUGACCGGAUUUUGGUUUAGCAAUGCUAACUGACCAUUUAAACAAUUCCAGAUUUUUUUGUGACCAAAUGAAAUUGAUUUUUAUUAUGUGACCCGAUGAAACUUUAAAAUUAAGCGUUGAAGCUGUUGUUUGUCAACGAUAGGAGAGAGCAUAUAAAUAAUUAUGGCACAUAAAACAAUAUUAUGAUAAGCUGUUAACGAUAGCCACCAUCAUUAAUCAUCAACACAAAAAAGCAUCUGCAUUCAUGCAUUUUGAUUCUUCGAACAACGAAACGUUUUUUUUUUCCCCGUAGAAAACAUGUAUUAUUACAUAAUGAAGGGGGAGAAAGUAGAAAGCACAUUAAUUAGUCGAGCAAUAAUGUAAUUCAUAAUAAUUUUCCGGCCAAAAACCUACGUGUAACUCGAAGUGUUCAUUGGUUGGUCGGUUUAUCAUACGUAGUCGUGCAGGCCGAUGGACACGUCAUCAACAAUGAUUUGACAUACAUUUAUCCUUAUUACAUGCACAGCGGUUUUCACCUUGGUUAAUAUAUAAGGGUCAACCUUUUGGUUCGGGGUUAGUAAUUAAUAUUGUAAUCAUAUAAUUACGGCGCUGUAAAUUCUUGGAGUUGAAUGAUAUAUGUGAUGCUUUUCAUUGGGAACGGCUACAGUGCUAAUUGUACAAUAGUUAGCACCGUCCUAACCAAGGGAAAAACUACUACUAGUUUGAAUUAGUAGUGAUUUAGCUUAGAUGUUGUAUUGAUUUUAUAAUAAAGUAGUGAUUUAGCUUAGACGUUGUAUUGAUUUUAUAAUAAUCCGUAGUGAUUUCGUUAUUUUUAGUAGCGUUUUUUGCUAGUUAUCACGGUGCUAACCCCUAUAAGGGUUAGCACCUAAUCUCAUCCCUUUUUCAUUAGAUGUCGGAUGUUUUAUAUACUAUAUAUAUGGACUUUGGUAUGUACAUCAUAUCUAGCUACCCCAUAAUGGACAAAUCUAUAACACCAUACGAAUUUAUUAGGUAGUGAGUAUUAGAACACGAGACCUCUCAAUAAAAAAUAUUCGGAUAUUGUAUUAUCAAGAAUUAGUUAGUAUUAGCAAUUUUGAAUAGUCGAGUGCUACUGAGAAAUAUUCGAGAUAGAAUGAAUCAUAUACAAUCUCCUUGCACAUUCAACUCCCCCGACCAGCUCCCUUUCUGUAGGGAUGUCACGGUACAUAUGACGGGGGUCAUGACGGUUAUGAAGUAUGAACUGUGUAAUAGUUUUUCACGGUAUAAAAAAGUGGUAUAAGAAAGUAGUAUAAGAUUCAUAUAAUACGUACAUAAGCACAUAUAUAAUAAUAAUAUGGUGGACAUGUGCAAAUUUCAACAUAUAAAUUGACUUUCGUUUCAAGUGACAUAUGUAUGAAAAUCAUAUAUAAUUCAUACAUGAGCUAUUUUAACCACUCGAAUUAUAUAAAACUACCAAUUUCCCAAUAUAUACAUGCUGAUGAUCAGAUGAAGUUACUGAAACCAAACAAAACUGGCCGGCCGGCCAAGAUUCUAAGUUUUCUUCACCGUGAAAACAUAAGGCCGAAGCCGAACAGCUUUCGUCAAUCCUUUCUUCUUCUCCUUCUCGUCCCUAUGUGUUGGAAAGCGACACUCAGUAGUACGUAGCAAGCCAAAACAAACGGAAUUGGGGACAAACUGUCCACAGACUACGACGACGAUUAGUAGAGACUAUAGCCUACAGGAAGAAAUUUCCGGCAGAGCAUCAACCAAAAAGGAAAAUUCCAAAAGCACAAGAAGAGAAGGAAGUCAAUCAGAAGCUGUUUAGGGUAUAUGAGUCGUCACAUAUAUAAUGCACAAGAGGAUAAUAUAUAGGGAUGAAAAUUUUGAGCUGACCUUUUUUUAUCUAGUUUUGGGGCCGAGCAUAUAUGAGUAUUCUUUUAGACCUAACUUUGCCCCAUACUUGAUCCGCUUUUCCACUAAAUUAUAUGUAAUUUUGUUCAAAUUAUUUAUGAUCAUGUUUCUUUUAUGCUCAAAUUACAUGUAAUUUUGUUCAAAUUAUUUAUGAUCAUGUUUUACUAAUGUUAAAGUUGUAAAUAAGUGAAAAGCUCAAUUUCUUGAAUAAUUUAAUUAUAUUUAUCAUGAUAUAAUUUGUUAAUUUUUUUUAUUUUGCUAAUAGAAAAAUGAAUAUUUCUAAGACUUUUCCUUUAAAUUAUAUACCCAAAUGGGGACCUACCCCGUCUCCCACCUCGUUAUAAAUUACCUUACCUGUAACAGACCUACUAUAGGAUGGGUAUCGAGAUACCUGUGUUGACCUUCCCCACUAUCAUUCAUAUUCAUCAACCUGAUGUCUUAUUUAACGAUGGCAAUUUGAUCUCGCUCCGCUGGAUAUAUCACUCGAUCUGACCGCGAUGGGGGGUCGGGGUAUGAGUAUCUACUUCCAACCCACCCUGUCGGUCAUUCUUGGCUCAUUCUAUCUCAAUUUCUUACAAUAUCUAUACAUAUAUUUAUCAUUUUGUGACUUUUCUUCAAGUAGUUAGACUUGAUUUUUCAACUUAUUAGACUCAAUUACCCACUCUGUUAUCACUAUUUUUCAUUCAUAAAGUGCUUUCCUUUUAUUUUAUCGUAGAAAUUAAAAUUUUAUAUGUAUUUUUUUCAAAUAAUAUGUAAUAAUGGGUCGACCUGUCCCACCUCGUACCCACACAGAUAUUUAUCCGGUCCGACCCACACUUAGUACAAAACAAAAUGAAUAUUAAGAUACCCGCCCCGUCCCCCCGCUUUGCCAUCACUAAUCUUACCAACCUGAAACCGUUAUUAAACAUGUGCAAUAACUUAGCCAUUAUAACUACAGUGCUAGGCUGCUCAUUCAUGGGUUUAUACUAUAUGCAUUCAUCGCUCAUUAUUAAAGUAACAAAUGUAACGAAUCAUAGCUUUGUUUUAACACUCAUCACACCCAAAAAGUUGUCCAAACUCCAAACUAGGCUCCAUCUUCAAAUCUUAUAUAUGAAAAAGUCUCCCAAUAUAGAUAUAUUCCUUUUCUCUUCGUUUUGGGUCUCUCUUGACUCCUGAAUAUUUGUCAACGGGUUUCGCCAAUUAAGAAAAAAGUCAGUCGUUUGGGAGAUGAGAUUCAAUAAUAGAAAACCAGAUCCGGUUUCCCAAAAACCUCCAUAGCCACUCUACUUCACCAAUUCCCUCCCCCUUUAUCUCUCCCCCCUAUAAAUACAACCACCUCUUUAUUUCUUCCUCUUCACAUUAUUCCUCAUUCAUUCCCUUCCUCCCAUUCUUUCUUCAUUUUAUUCUCCUUCCUAUCUCUACAAUGGCUCCGGCAAUGGCGAUUCAGAAUAUUGUCGACGAGCAGGAGACGGAAUAUCAAAAGGGAGUGAAGCAAUUGUACGAGAAAGGGAUUAGAAAACUGCCCAGAAAGUACAUAUUGCCUUCUCAUGAACGACCCAAUAUCACUAGCAAUAAUGGUCACCAACAUCAAUAUCAAGCACCAAAGGAUUUCGCGACGAAGAGAAAUGGUGGCGCCAAGCAGAAUAUCCAGCUUCCGGUAAUCGAUUUCGCCGAGCUCCAAGGUCCCAAUCGUGCCCAGGUCCUCAAAUCCCUCGCCAAUGCCUGCGAGAAUUAUGGGUUCUUCCAGGUGGUGAAUCACAACAUUGGCGACGGAGUUAUCAGCGACAUGAUCGACGUCGGGACGAGGUUCUUCGGGCUUCCGUUCGAGGAGAGGUCCAAGUACAUGUCGGCGAACAUGAAGGCGCCGGUCCGGUACGGGACGAGCUUCAACCAGAACAAAGACAAUGUGUUCUGCUGGCGAGACUUCCUCAAGCUCAUGUGCCAGCCUCUGCCGGAUGUGCUUCCUCAUUGGCCUUCUUCCCCUCAUGAUUUUAGGAAAUCGGCGGCUACCUACGCGAAAGACACCAAACACUUGUUCGUCAUGCUGAUGGAAGCCAUCCUCGAGAGCCUCUCCCCGGCGCCUGAAACGGCAGCGUUUCCAGCGGCCGACGGCGAGGUCGUGGAUGAGAUGGAGAAGGAAUUAAUGGAAGGAGGGAGCCAACUAAUGGUGGUGAACUGCUACCCGCCCUGCCCGGAGCCUGACCUUACGCUGGGAAUGCCGCCGCAUUCCGAUUACGGGUUCCUGACCCUUCUCCUCCAAGACGACGUCGCAGGGCUCCAGAUUCAGCACAACGACAAAUGGGUCACCGUCGAUCCCAUCCCCAACGCCUUCGUCGUCAACGUCGGCGAUCAUCUUGAGAUUUUUAGCAACGGGAGAUACAAAAGCGUGUUGCACAGAGUCCUGACGAAUCAAUCAAGAAAUCGUAUCUCCGUCGCAUCUCUGCAUAGUCUGCCAUUCGAGUACACCGUUAGACCGUGGCCGAAACUGAUCGGCGAACAGAACCCAAAGCGUUACAGAGACACGGAUUUCGCCACGUUCCUUCAAUACAUCUCAUCGUGCGAGCCCAAGAGAAAGAACUUCUUAGAAUCCAGAAAAAUAUGCUGACAAAACAGCAAAAAAAUUAAAUUAAUGAAAUUAUACUACAGCCAUAAGUUGACUUUUUGUUAGAGUACGUACGUAGCUUCAAAUUUUUCAUGUGUAGCCAUCAUGAUUUGUUCUUACUAUUAAAUUUCUCCCUAACUAUGUAUUAAAAGAAUAUGUAGGGUUGGGGACAGCGGUGUAUUAAAAAAAAAUUACCAAUAUUCAUGGAAUUAAAUGAAAGGAGGAAAAAAGUACAAUUGGGAGCAUAUUAUUGCCAUUAUAUUGUCCUGUCGCAUUUUGGUUUGUUGAUUUGUCAAUUUCUAACUUAAUUUUGUAAUAAGGUACUUGUUGAGUUUUCACAGUCACAAUCCAAACAUAUGUUUUGAGGAAAUUGACAAAUGUGUUAGGUAGUUUGCCAGCCUUUUUAGCAUUUGGAAUAGUUUGUCUUUUUAUAUAUAUGUGAUGAAGAUGAUUCAAAGAUUAAAAUCUACCUAUUUAAAUAAAAAAUAUUAUACAUU